UCAAAGCCCCGAGAGCUCGAAGAUACUUUGGGGAGCAGUGCGAGGGGAGUAUAAAUUGAGCGGCGAACUGAGCGGUAAACCCUGCAAUCGCUCAGCCGCGCGCUCUCCUGCGUUCCUCGCUAAAACCCUAAACCCUCUCUCAGCCUCUUGGAGCAGCUGGUUCAUUAGACAAUCGACAAUGGCUUUCUGCAACAAGGUUGGAAAUCUUUUGAAGCAGAGUAUUUCCCAAAAUGGGCCUGCUUCUAUGCUGAACUCUAUCCGAUGCAUGGCGACCUCAAGUAAACUUUUUAUAGGAGGUCUUUCUUAUGGAACAGAUGACCACUCUCUUAAGGAUGCGUUCUCGAGCUUUGGUGAGGUGGUUGAAGCCAGGGUAAUAACAGACAGAGAUUCAGGAAGAUCUAGGGGUUUUGGAUUUGUCAAUUUCUCCAGCGAUGAAUCUGCCAGCUCAGCAUUGUCAGCCAUGGACGGUCAGGAGCUUCAUGGACGGAGUAUCCGUGUAAGCUAUGCAACUGAGAGACCCAGUGGCAACCGAGGUUUUGGCGGUGGCAGCGGGUAUGGUGGCAGAGCGGGCGGAGAUGGUGGCUAUUGAGCAAUUACUCCUAUUUUCAGCUUUUACUUGCUCUGAUCAAGGUUGCUUAACCUUUUGAAUAUCUGUACUAGUUUUUGGAUCUGGCUUGGAUUCCUUCAAAUUUAGUGGGUUGUCUCGUGCGCAAUUUGUGAAUUUGCCUUAAGUUGGUAUAGCUACUAAAUAAUUUGUUGUC